AUGUGCCUAGAGAACAGAGAGAUACAUCAAACGACGCCAGAUCAUCGUGUCAAGCUAACACCAGAGGGUUGGAAGCAGGCCGAAGCAUGCGGCAAGAAACUGCGCGGCCUCCUCUCUCCUACGGAUACACUACACUUCUUUACCUCUCCCUACCGACGAACCCGCGAAACAACCGAAGGCAUCCUUAACGCUCUAACGGGAGAUGAACCAUCCCCGAAAACCCCUGUUGCCUCUUCGCAACCCUCCUCUACCUCUUCUCCCUUUGACUCUCCACACCCUGCUCCGAUCACCUCUUCUAUCCCAUCCCCAUUCCAACGCCCCCAAAUAAAAGUCUACGAAGAGCCCCGUCUCCGCGAACAAGACUUCGGCAACUUCCAGCCCUCCUCACACGCCAUGUCUCAAAUGUGGCAAGAGCGCGCCGCCUACGGUCACUUCUUCUACCGAAUACCCAACGGCGAAUCCGCCGCCGACGCGUACGACCGCAUCUCCGGCUUCAACGAGUCCCUUUGGCGAAGCUUCGCCGAAGAAACGUUCGCCAGUGUCUGCGUUCUCGUCACGCAUGGUCUUAUGGCGAGGGUAUUCUUGAUGAAAUGGUACCACUUCUCUGUCGAGUAUUUUGAGGAUUUGAGGAAUGUGGACCAUUGUGAGAUGGUGGUUCUAAAGAUGGAUAAGGCAGAGGGGGCUGGUGGGGGGUCAGGCACAGGAAAGUUUGUGCUACAGAAUGAGCUGAGGACGUGGAGUCAAUUGCGGAAGGAAAGACAAGAGGAAAAGGAGGCCGAGGUACAAAGCCCAGAGAGUCCGGUGCCCGUAAGGAAGAGGUAUUAUGGUUGCGACUAUGGAGAUGGGACGAGUCAGAGUGGGGUCGGUUUCGCGAGGAGGCAGGCUAUAAGGAGGAAGAAUACUGUGGAGAUAUUUGCUGAUGAGGAAGGCGAAGAUGGACAAGAUCAGGAGGGGAAGGGCAAUGUUGGUAAACCUGCUUUAGGGAAGAUUGCAGAGAAUGGUCGGCACCGUCAGACUGGAAAGCCAGUGCCAGAGCUGAGGAAACCCCGUCCUCCGAUGAUUGAUUAUCUCAGCGCUGGUCGUGAUGGAGGAGGCUCUAAGUCUGGGGCUAAUUCCCCUGCGAUACUGGACGGUGAUGUCGUGCAACCUCAGGAGCCAAAAAUAAAUUUGCCGAAACCCGGAGCGAUGGAAAUGGCGCUGAGGGGUAAACUGAAUACCGUUGAUGAUGAGGAGAGGGCGAGAGCAGAUGCCCUGGGCGAUCAGAGUGAUGUGGAGGAGAAUGAGGUGGACGGCUUGCAGAGAAAGGAAAUGGAAGUCGAUGGAUCAGUACGUUAA